AUGCCUACCAAUCCCACUAUUGUCUUCGCUCCUGGCGCCUGGCACACUGCCGACUGCUACGAUGUCGUGCGAAACGAUCUCAACUCCCGAGGCUGGUCUACCGAAGCUGUUGACUACCCCUCUGUUGGCGCCGAGCCACCUACCAAGGGACUGAGCGAGGACGUCAGUGCCGUUCGCGCUGUUGUAGAGAGACUCGUUGAGGAGGGCAAGAAGGUUAUGGUCGUCGUCCACUCAUACGGUGGACUUGUUGGCGCUGAGGCAGUCAAGGGAUUGAGCUUGAAGCAGCGUGCGCAAGAGGGCAAGACUGGCGGUGUGAUCCAGCUUGUUUACUUGAGUGCCUUUGUUAUGCCCAAGGGAAAGAGUAUUCUUGAGCUUCUUGGUGGACAGUAUCUCCCAUGGAUGCGAGUCGAGGGUGACUAUGUCCACGCUGACACACCUGAGAACGUCUUCUACCAUGAUGUGGAUGCUGAGACUCAGGGCAAGGCCAUCGCUGCCUUGAAGCACCAGUCUCGCCGUGUGUACGCUGAUAUCGUCGAGUAUGAGCCCUGGCACGACGUCCCCUGCUUCUUUAUCUUCUGUGAUGAGGACCGCGCCAUUCCUUUGGCUAUCCAGCAAAACUUGGCCUCCAUGUUGGGCCCUAAUGCAGGAAGCUUCCAUAUUGCCGCUUCUCACUCACCGUUCCUCUCGCUGCCUAAGGAGACUGUCGAGGGAUUAGAACUUGCCGUUAAGGAUGGGUUGGAAAAGUCUGCCAACUAG